GUCCCCGCAGCAGAUAACUCAUGCGCCUCACCUGCUGCUGAUCAAAACCUUGGACUUUUAUCUCAGAGGUUGUCUUAUCGCAUCGUCAGGGCUCCUUAUCGGCAGAUUCACCUCUCGCAACGCUUUGCGGCAAGGCCAGCCUCUUGCGGACCUUGAGCGGGGGGGCACACCGGGUUCACAGUAUUUUCCAGCUAACGGAACGAUGACGUUAAAAUCCAAUAAAAACGAACCCGCUGUCAUACUGGAGUCGGUGAACAGCGUCCGGACAGCCCUCUCCGAUCUGUACCUGGAGCAGCUGCUUCAAAACAAACCAAAGUCUGACAAGGCUUCUAUGCAAACCUAUGAGAAUAAGGGAGCUGAAGUUUACACCAACGGUAGUGCUGGACACAUGAAGGGCACAGAACUGACCAGAAUGAAGGAAGUAGAAUUUGAAAAGAAUCCUUCAGAGCCAAUGGGGGUCACUCUGAAGCUGAACGACAAACAGAGGUGCACUGUGGCCAGAAUAUUGCACGGGGGCAUGAUCCAUAGACAAGGGUCUUUACAUGAAGGGGAUGAAAUAGCAGAAAUCAAUGGGAAAAGUGUGACAAACCAAACUGUAGAUCAGCUACAAAAGAUUCUCAAAGAAACCAGUGGAGUCGUCACAAUGAAGAUUGUUCCCAACCUGCAGAGUCGAUCCCGCGCCUGUGAGAUGUACAUGAGGGCCCAGUUUGACUAUGACCCCACCAAGGAUGACCUCAUCCCGUGCAAAGAGGCAGGUCUCAAGUUUCAAACUGGUGACAUCAUACAGAUAAUCAACAAGCAGGAUCCAAACUGGUGGCAGGGCAGAGUGGAGAGUGGCGUUGCCGACUUCGCUGGACUGAUUCCCUCCCCAGAGCUCCAGGAAUGGAGGGUUGCAAGUAAAAGCAAGGCCAAAGAGGGCAGCCAGUCCUGCAGCCCAUUUGGAAAGAAAAAGAAGUGCAAGGACAAGUACCUGGCUAAACACAGCACGAUUUUCGACCAGCUGGAUGUGAUUUCUUAUGAGGAGGUUGUUCGACUCCCUGCUUUUAAAAGGAAAACACUGGUGCUUAUUGGUGCACCUGGAGUGGGAAGAAGCCAUAUCAAAAAUGCACUAUUGACCAAAUACCCUGAGAAGUUUUCCUACCCUGCACCUCACACAACCAGACCCCCACGGAAGGAGGAGGAAGAUGGACAGGAAUAUUAUUUCAUCUCCAAUGAAGCCAUGACCAAGUGCAUCUCUGGAAAUGAGCUGCUGGAGUAUGGCAGCUUCCAGGGAAAUAUGUUCGGUACCAAAACUGAGACCAUCCAGAAGAUCCACGAUCAAGAAAAAAUCGCCUUACUGGAUGUAGAACCACAGACCUUGAAAGUCCUGCUGACUGCUGACUUUGCACCUCUCGUGGUGUUCAUCGCUCCGACCAACACAGCUGCCCAGACGGAAAACCUGCAGAUGAUCCAGAAAGAGUCGGACGCCAUUUUCACCACAUAUAGACAUUUCUUUGAUGUGGUUCUUGUCAACAACGACGUGGAUGAAAGCGUUAAAGGUGUGGAGGAGGCCAUGGAGCGGGCCAUCUCUACUCCACAGUGGGUGCCUGUAUCAUGGGUGUACUGACCGAUGUCUAGCACCAGUUUAAUACUGUUCUGUUUGUUAAAAAAGCAGUGCAAUAUCACUCCUUAGAGUUAGUGAUGUCCCAGGUGUGUAUGGGUUUAUUUUUGGUUCAUGUUAAUUGUCACUGAGAUUUUUUGCACAAACGCAUCCCAAAAAAAAGCAAUAUCUAGAAAGGUUUCUUUUAGAAAGUUGAGAACCUCACCAGGGAUGUUUUGUUUGGUUGUUGUGACAUUUGUGCUUCAGGAUUUUGAGGGGCUUAGGGAUAGUUUUGGUGCCGAACACCUUUGUGAUUGUUGGAACGUGAGCAAAUGCAAAAUAGGACCACAACUGUGAAUGAAAUCCUUCCUUUUUAAAUGAAAGGAUUUGAUCAUGCAAAACAUUAUUUGUGGAUUCAUUGUCUGUUUUUUUUUUUUUCUUUUUCUCAUUAGAUUGUGCCAUGAAAUUGAGAUUCUAAAACAGUUUGUUCAUACAGUGUGUGUAACUCUAUUCAACCAUAAUGUCUUGUAAUCCAAACCUUUCAUUCAGUCAUUGACAACAUCACUUGUCUCAUCUCGUCAAAAUUGUAUAUCUCAUGGGGUACUGUAAAGGCACUUUUAAACAAAAAUAAAUUUCCCAGCUCUAUUGCAACUGCUUCUUUGACUGUUUU